AUGUCCGGUCCGCAGAACGCGCAGGACUUCAUCCGCGCUCUCAAGGCUUCCUCCGACCCGCCUCAUGUCGGAGGGCCGCUCAAAAUUGACAUCGCUACGGAGGCAUGGCAAAACACUCAACUCUAUGUUCCAAACAAGGCGGAGGCGAUCGUGGAGUGGAUCCUCACGCGGUUGCUGAAAGACAGGUCAAAAGAUCGCUCCAACCCUGUACGCGAUUCUCGGUAUUGGGCCCUCCUCUCCAAGGUUCUAGCAGUCUCCGGUGCUGACAAACACGGAGAUCAUGGCCGUGCUCUGCGCGCAUGGCUCGUGCCGCUACUGAACCGCGUCCCCACUGCCCCCGUCGUCCUCUCCUACCUCGAAGCUGUCGCCACAGAAGGGUCACUUGACGGCGCGCAGCACGCGCUCGUCACCCAAUGCAUCACCGUCCUCUGGCCUCUCGCUGUGCCCAAAAUCAACCCUGAAACGUUGCUGGAAUGCUUCGGCGCGGCCCUUCGCCUCAUCGUGGCACUCGGUGAUCCUGACCUGUCGGGCGGCCGUAUGCAGGCACUAGAUGACCGCCGCGCGCUCUCGAUCAUCGUUUCAUCCUACCGAACAGCACUUUCUCACUCGGGGUCCAAAAGGAAGCAACUGUACACGCUCUUCUUGCAAAAGCACCUGGACUCCUGGUUGCAGGUUGCCGCGCGGAGUAGCGAAGGCGAGGGUGCCCAACCCUCGCUUGUAUCCGACGUCUAUGAUGCCGGCAUCGAGACUAUAUUCGGGCUCGAUAUGCUGAAGCCGGCGGUGGACCAGAAACACGAGGCAGCGUUGACGGAGUCUUUGGAACGGACGCUGAAGAGCCUUCCCGGAACUCUGCUCCGGACGCUUCCCCGCCUCUUCGCUUCUUACGUGCAGAUGGUGAAACGUCAUAAAGGCGCGCUUUUCGGACAAGGGUCCAGUCAAGCACCGGGCCAUACUGCCGAGCAGCUCCAGAUUGCGGCAAUGGCCUUCUACAGUAGCUGCGAUGCUUUGGCGUGCGUAGGCAAAGACGACGCCAGUUGGCGCUGUCGUGUUGCACUACUAGAGGUUGUGGAGAGGGAGAACCUGUUCAGUCCGAAAGACGACGAUGCACGAGCGCAGCUUCGGCUUGACGGAGAUGCAGCAGCAGAUGCACUUUCCAACGCCUGUGACGAUGAGCAACUGGUCCGAAUCGACAGCGCUGUCAAAAUUCUUUCGUUGUUGACCCGCGUCGACCACGAUUUGAUGUCCGUGAGGUCUGCAACCAUCUUGCCCAGGCUCGCUGCGAUUCCCCCUUCGGUACCUUCUGCGCUCGAAUACCUUGACCUCCUUUUAGAGUACGACUCGAAGACACGCAGCCUGCCAACGUCAACCAUGCACAUCUCCAGUGCCUUCUCUGUCCAGCAUUUGCAACGCAUCCCUGGAGGCCCUAGAGCCGCGUACACGGUCAUGUCCGCUGGCCCUCUGACCAGCCUACACUUCCUCGACCGGAUCUCCAGCGCGGUCCAUAGCUUCCUAACACCUGGACAAGUGCUCGAGACCGUCAGGGAUGUUUCACGGACCCUGACGGGCGCGUACGAACUCUUCCUCGAAGAGGAGUCGAAACUCACAGCAGACCGUGGCGACGGCCCGAGGAAGAAGCGCAAGAAGGACAAGGAUGCACCCACUACGCAGGACGGCACAGAACCGGAGUACUACGCGGUCUCGUUCGCGCUUAUCGCAAAGACGACGGUUGCCGUAUUGCGCUCACUUCCCCUGCAUACCCUAACCGAGGACACGCGGCUGGAGGUUCAGCAUGCGGUGGGCGAGGUGCUCUCCGCGAUCGCUUCGCGAGCGUUGACAGACGGCCUCCUCCACUCCGAUAUGAUGCAGUCAUGGCAUUGGCAGAUGACUGUCGCCGGAGCCUUGUGUCUGCACUAUGGGCUUGUGCGUGCGCCUGGUCUAGAGCAGCAGCUUCAUCUUGAGAAAUCUCUAUCAACCGCCAUGCUCACUCUGGUAUCAACGCCUGGGGUUGCCCCGGAGCUGAUUGUGGAAACGUUCCGGACGUUGUUGCACCAAUGCAGUCUCGAGACUCUCAAGCCCACAAAAGUGCUGGACAGGCUCUUAGCGCACCUAGAGACCCAUCUACCCUCCCGGGACGUUGCUUGGUCAGGGAAGGCGCACACGUUGAGCUCGGAUGCCGAGGCCGCCCUUGCACUGUUGCAUCUGUUGGCAAACCGUUGGCUGCCUGACUUUGAUACGUGGUCCACUUCGGAGCACCGCCAGCAAUUCGCACGGAUAUUGUCGGGCGUCAAGCUGGACGAUGCCGUGUCUUCCUCGCCGUCAGGUUUGAGCGCCCCUCUCGUGAUUUCGCGAAUGUUGCACGAUGCGCAGUUUUGGGAGCUGCCCAAUACGAGAGAUGCGUUCCUCGCGCAGGUCAACGAGCAGACCACUGCCUUGGAUACAUUUGGGCUGGCAGAACUAUUGGCGCAACUUGCAACAAAAGCCACCUAUAAACCUUCCAAGGGCGUCCCCCAAUUUGCCGCUGCGUACGGUAUCUUGCUGCUCGCUCCUCCGGAGUACCUGCCUCGUCCCACGCAAGUUGAACUCCUGAAACGCGGCCUCAUCGCCGACGUGCUAACAUUCCAAGCCCUGCGCUCCGCUAAGAAGCCUGCGACUACACACCAGCUCCUUGUCAUCCGAGAGUUCCUCCGCCGCACUAUCGCUUUCCUUGGAAAUUUGGAGAGUGUGAUGACGAAAGAGUUCUUGUACUACCUGAUCGAACACGCAUCUCCCGACACCCAAAACAAUGUUGCGACAGGAGAAGACGCUAGCUCAGUCACCAUGGAGUUGAUCGAUAUGUACCAAGGUGUUCUCGUCCGCUCCGCAAAACGGGGUAAUGUGGAGGUGGUCACGGAUUUAGUGAACCGCUACGCUACAUCCUAUAUGACCGAGAAGUCGCUUGCGGGUAGACGUUCUCCGCUACUUCUCAUCGACGCCCUAGUGCGGGAGGGUAGCGAUGCGGAUUUCCCGUCGGAAGUCGUGCAAGCCGUACGAAAUAUGCAUACGCAGAUGCUCGUGGCCAGCAAGAAGCGUCUCUCCCUUUCUCCAUCCGAUACCCACGACGUGCCCAUCGAUCUGGAUGUACUGGAUACGUGGUCGCAUGCACAGACGUUGAAACGUUGGCUCAAAGAAAAAGAGGAGGAAGUGCCGCUUCUAGGCAGGUCUCUUUCACAGCGUCUGCUUUCCUGGGCCGGCGACCGGCAACACGCUAUGGCCCUUGCUCCGGUGGUAUUAUCGAUCUUGCUAGGAGAGGUACAGACCGCAAUACCCGCUGAGCGCGCAGAACGGCUGCAGUACCUAGUGGUUAUGUUCUUGUCUCUGACCCGCGCCUGUCGACGAGAUGUGACCAUUCUAGAUUCACGAAUGGGUACCGCGUGCCGGACGUUCUCAGUGGAAGACUUCGGUGUCCUACUGGAGUUGCUCUACGAGGGGCUUCCCAUAGGGUGCGGGCUUUCAGCUCACGACGUCGCCAGUCUCAUCCGGUUUUCUGGCAUCGUACUGCACGACGCACCUGAAAGCACUUCCAAAAUAUGCCAGUCUUUCACCACGCGGUCUUUGAACCUGUUCGCGAAUGACGAGCGCUUCAUAUCGCAACCAGACCUUCGCAGAGAAGUCGUCGAUUUCAUCGUCCGCCAGUGCAACGAUAGGCCCGCCUCCCUUCGCACGGCCGACCUCUCCAGCCUCUGGUCCAUCCUGCGCGCACUACUCGCGGGCUCGUCCACACACGAACAAUCCACCGACACUGCGGUCUUUCACGGCACCAUUAACAUCCUUAGCGCGCUCGUCCGCCUGCGGCGGGACCUCGUGCUCAACACGCUCCCACAGCUCGGCUUCGUCCUGCGUCAGCUCGUCUCCUGCUUGCGCAGCCUCCGCCCGCAGCUCGGCGGGAAGCAACGGCGGCUCGUGCUCGACACGCUUCCCCGGUGGCUCGCGCCCGCAAACGCGCUAGGAGCACCAGAGAGCCGCGCGCUCGCCCGUCUGCUCACAACGCUCACGGUGAAGACGAUGGUGCGCGGACACGACGCCGCGCAAAAGCCGGAGGCGCUCGUGCGUCCGUUCUCGAAACACGCCGCGUACGUGCUCACCGCGUAUGUGGACGCAGUCGGGGACCCGCUGUGCUUCGUGCCUGGGCCCGUGCGGAAGGAGCUACAACCUGGCUUGUUCGCGCUGUGCGAUAUGCUUGGGGAGCACAAUCGGGACGCUAUGAUGGUGGCGGCGCUGGAUGCGAGUGGAAAGGCUACGAUGAAGACGCUGUGGAAGGAGUACGAGAAGCAGCGGUAUGUCGGGAAGGGCUGA